CCCACAUCACAGUAGGAAAAGCAGGAAGAAGAAAACCCCAAAAUUGCAGUUUAGUCGAUCAAGUUGCUCACAUUGCGACCCCAUAUACAUACAGACUAUAUGAAUUAAACAUGAAGAAAUACAGCGAAAAAAAUAUGAAAUAUUGGUAGGAAGAUGCUCUCGUAUCAUAUCGUAUCGUAUCGUAUCGUGUCGUCUGCCUCUUUGCUCCUCCUCCUUCCUCCACUCUCCUCUCCUCUCAAGAAUCCCAAUCCUUCAAUGCAGUCAUGGUAUAGUACCCCUUCCCUUUGUGCAGCCAAAACGAAAAGAAGGAAUGACGCCAGUGAAAUGCUUUGGACAGACACGACAAAGAAAAGACAACUCGCUGGAAGACAGGACCGCAUUUUGAUGCCGCUAAACAAGGGGGAAACAAACGUUCAAACAAAACAAAGCAGAGAUGAAGAAAAAGAAAGCAUAAUUGCAAAAAAGAAAUGUCUGAAUCAUAUCUCAUCUCGUCUCAUCUCGAUUCCGUCUCAUCCAUUCAUACAUGAGAGAGUAAGUGCGUCUCCGUGAACCCCCAUCCCCACCCCACAUGCUAAAGGAAUGUGCAGUCUUUGUUGCCCGAACGCCGGU